UCAUUCCUCCAUUAUUGCCGAAAAGUUUUAAAACAUUCCACAAAUCAUCGCAUUCGAAUGCGGGUUUGCCGAGCAAUUCGCACGCGAAAGUGCAGGUUUUCUGCUAUCGUUCGGCAGCCGACCCUUUUUACUCCUUUAUUCGUGGGUGUACUCUCGCAUAAAGCGACAAAAAGCCCUCGAAAAGAGGCGAAGCCGAGUUCCGAUCCUUUUUACUGGUAACGUGAAUAAAAAGACCAGAUAGCCAACGCGGCGAGCAACGGCUUUCUAUAAGUAUCGAGCGCAUUCGCUUUUCAAAAACUCCGCUGUAAUUAAUUUUUAUUCUCCUCUACAGCUAUACAUUUGAGUCGAUUGCGUACGCGGGGAUAAACAAAUAUAGGUACUCGCGGACAAGUCUACAAUGAAAGUAUAUAGCGAGUUUGUUAUGAUUCCGUCGCGUGUACUUAUGACGCGUAAACAGAUAUCCGCGUGUAUAGUGGCUGGAUCUAAAAUCAAAAUAAAAGAAGAAUCCGUGUCACGUUAUAUUCGCAUUGCACCACAUUUCGCUAAGGUGUACAUACACAUAUAGCUAUGCACGCCUGUCAAAUCUGGCGAAUCACUGAUUUAUCGCAUGCGAACUAGUUGCGGAAUUUCCCAUUGUUAAAAAAGAUCCGUCCAGCCUGGCAACGGGAGAGCCCGCCCUGUCGAGGCGCAUGUAAAAAAGCACCAGCCGAAAAGCCAAAAGGUGUCUCCGCCGCUCGAGGAGAGGGCGCACGAAAACGCUCGCGUCGAGGUAUAUAGCGAGCACUAACAGAAGUGAUCGCGGGGGUGUGGGUGGGUGUCGGCAGCGGCAGCAGUGGGGAUAGCAUCGCGCGCGUUGUGUGUGUGUGUGUGCAUACACAGGCAAACACGUACGCAAGGAGGUGGGGGAGUCAGCUCAGCAGUGUAGCUGCGGAGUCACUCGCGACAUGGCAGGCGGUGGCGACGAUGAUCCCUGACCGAUGGCCCAGCUCGAGGCGUAGAUUUCUACUGCGAUCGUCGGCAAGAACGAUGCUCGCACUUCUGGCGACAAGAUCGAAAAACGCAUCAGUAUGUUUGAGACAGCGAAAGACAAUUGUUGUAAUGAGUACAGUCCAUGGAGCUACAAUCUGCUUGGCGGAAGUACCGUCAACAAGACAAUAUUGGAAGACGACGAUGGGCAAGAUUUGAACAACUCUAUGGUAAAUGAUCUUGUUGCUAAAAUCCUAGAUGACGAUUGCAUCAGUAGCAACGAUGUCUUCGCUAACCGCUGCAACGGCAAUUCGCAACAAUAUCAAGUUGGGGCUCCAAUGGCACAAGACUGCAAAACCAGACUAGGCACGAAUGCAUAUCUCACAAAUGCCAAUGGUUUCCAUUCAUCGUAUCCUGUGUCUCAAAUACCAAAUGGCUCAUUAGGUAUGAAUGAAAAUGACCAAGAAUAUAGAAAUAUCUGUAGUGGGCUGAGUUCAUUGGGUCUCAACUUGUGUAUGGGACAGCAAAAUCAUGACAAGGGAAACUCGUAUAAUAAUGGAUACAUCAAUAAUGUGCAGAGACCAUUACACACCUCUGACAAUAAUUUACAACGAUCCGGGCAACAAUACCCAGCUCAGAUUGUAAAUGAUGGAUCCUAUGGUUCCGUACGGAACUCUUAUGUUCCUCUAUCAAAUAAUGGCCUACUUACAACGACGACCAACGGCUUGAAUUACAAUCCGCAAUCUGCCAACUGGUCCGAAACUCUGCUCAACACUGAUGGCGUUAAGGAUUUGUUUGGUCACUACACGCAACUACAGUCAUGCAACAAUACAGACUAUAAUCUGAACGUCGCUUUGAAUUUAGCGCUUGAAUCGCCUGACAAUGUCACCCUCGGCGAUAUGCAGCUUCACUGCAACGUACCCUCGAAUGGUCAUGGCAAUUCGAUACUAAAUGUUCACGAUUCCUACAACGCGACUGCCAAUAGUCAAGGCUACCGUCCUAGCUCCGCUGUGACUGAUCUUAGUGCCGAUUCCGGUUUUCUAUCUAACUCGCCGCUGCAGCACUUUUCUCCCGCCGAUUCUACCCUGCAGAACUGCUUUGCUAGUAACCUUCAACGUGGAAAAUACGAAGAGUACAAAGAUUAUCAUGAGACGUCCAAUUUGAAUAUCAGCAACAUCGCAGCAGCCAACGAACAGCUGUAUCUAAAGCAGCAACAGCAUCAACAACAACAGCAUCAACAACAGCAGCAGCAGCAGCAAAACGCUCGCAAGCUUGAUGACGCAGCAGUUUUGGCCGCUGAGCAGGCAUACAAACGACUCCUCAGUCACUAUCCUAAUCUCGUCGAACAACAACCACAACAAUUCUCAUCCGCUAAUGAAUUCGAUGGCAGUAACAGUUUAUCGAUGGUCGAUGGGCGCCUUGAUGCUACCCUCCUCAAAAUGCUUAGUCCAAAAAGCAGCAACGGUGCUGGAGUUGGACCAAAAUCGCGCGAGAAGCAGGUAUUCUCGCCGAUUGGCUACUCGCGCAAUCUGACUGCUGCUGCAGCCAUUGCGACCAGAGAGGCCGAGCAGUUGCAGCAACUCAAGUACAACUAUCAGAGCGCUAACGACUGCCAGAGAUUCAUUGUUAAUAACGCCGACGCUCUCAAGGCAAUCCAGCAGCAGAAUUCUCAGGCUGCUUUUCAGAACAAUCAUAAGAGGUCCAACAAUAUCACGAGUGCCUACAAGAUGAAAGCCGCCUAUGAGUUAGCCAACAGCAUGAACUUCACGAGUAAUUCUCUCGCCCAACAACAGCAGCAACAUAUGAAUACUGGCAACGGUAACAACGGUGUUGUGGACAAUGAAAUUUUCAAUCGUCUUGCAAAACAACGCCAACAGCAGCAGCAGCAACAACGCUUGAAAAAUAUGCCUACAAUAUCACCAGCUGCCGAUGUGCUCUUCAACGUUGGCUUGAUGCAGAGCGCAAGCGCAGGAGUCUUCCCGGCACACACGGUUAUGCCUAUUCCUGUUGCCGUGCCGACGCCCAGCUCAGCUCGUCGCUCAGGACCAUCACGGAUGUUAUUUUUGAGGCUUGAACAAACAUAUGAACAAUUCAAGCAGUUGGAGAAAGAGCGUAAAAAAUGUGAAGCUGGACUUGCUGCUCAUUUCCCUGGCAAGAAAGUGACUAGCGCCAACAAUUUACCAAUUCCGAGGCUUCAGGGCAGCCCUUCGAGGGUUGACAGGCUUAUCAUUGAUCAUUUCCGCGAGCACGCCCGUGUCAUCACGCUGAUUGCUAAGAUGGAACGUCUUCGAGGUGUUGGCAUGAAUCAGCGUGUUCACAAAGCUAUGGAACACUGGCUCGAGGCCAUAAAGUUUGUUCAGGAACGUCGCAAGCAGGAAAUCGCUAAUGCCAAUAAACGACAAAAAGAAAAUCCUCACUGCAUUUCUAUCCACGAUGACAAUGAUAUUUUGGCUCUGGCUGAUAGUAUUUAUAAACUUACUAAAGCCUCGCGUUAUGCGAGAACAGCCAUGUACAACGCCAUGCAGUCAACCCUCCUUUACAACGGCGAGAUCGAGACGAAGAUCAUGGAAACCAACCAAGAUAUUGUAGCUGAGCUUCAACCCAAGGAAAUUGUUGCUGAAGAAUCGCCAGUUACAUCAACGCCAGUAGUGGCCCCAACUUCAGUUUCAACAGCGCAGCUAACUUCCAGCGAGGAGUCUGUAAUCACCACCUCUGUUGCUAAUCGUACUUAAAUAUAUCAAGAGAAAGUGAAGAUGUAACAACUCAAGCAAAGCAAAGGAAGAAGUUCUGCAGAAAAUGUCUUUCUUCGUCAUUCAAGUUCACUGUGAGUCUUUCUUUUUCAAGAUUCAUGGCGCCUAAUCUUUAUCAAGCUUUUCUAAGGAAUUAUUAACAUAUGAGGCGAGAAAAAAAGGUAUGGUUAAUCAUUAUAGAAAGGUACAGUGUAAUAAUGAAAAAAAAAAUACCGUCGUACUCAGAUUUUCUUGGUGCUAACCAAGUUAACCAAUCGCUUAAAAGUGCAGGACCUUGAUAGCUUUUGUUGCAUAUAACGUCAUUUUGUCUCGUUAGACAUACUUAUAUAGGGAAGCGCACAAUUAAUUUGUUCGCGUUGCAUUAAUCGUGCAGCCGUGCGUGCAAAAGUGCAUUGCUUCGCCAUUUUUCGAAUAUUUAAGCGUGCGUGAAAAAACAAGAAAACGAGACAAAAAAGAGAUGACAAAGGUCGCGUAUUAUAAUUGCCCUGGAGGUUUGCAGCGGCGCAUCUUACUGCACCGGUUAACUUUUAUAUUUGUUACUCGUGAUUCCGUAGUUUUUUAAACAAAAUACAAAUUCCUAAGAGUCAUGUAAUCGAGCAGUUCUAGACAGUUCAAGAAAUGUCUUGAUGCGUCUGGGAUUUGGCGUCGUCUCGAUGGCCAGGGGUAUUUUAACGCACGAGACUUCCAGUCCAACUAGAAAAAUAAAAACGUUCAACUCGAGGAACGGUGCGGCGAGAAAUGUUCGAGUCUAUUGCCUAAUAUUAUAAGUAUUUCCUCGUCGUUCGUUUAUCUUCUUUAAUUACGUAUUAAGGCUUUAUUUUUCAAUUUGCAUGUUUAAUCUAUGUUAAAGCUAUUUUAUCUGUUGAAAAUUUCUACUUGGAUAAUUGACGAAAAAAUAAUUCGUAAUCCUAAUAUUUUUGUAUGCAUGAUAUUUUACAGGCUUGAAAUUUUAAUUCGAUUGAUUUAAUUUAUAUUUUAAUAAAACCCAAUAAAAGCAAUUUUUGUUGUAUAAAAAAAUUGAUUUUUUAAUUUUAUACUAUCUCAGAAUUUAAAUUAAAUCGAUGAAUUUAAAUUUUGGUCUGUUUCCGUUGUCGAAUGUGUAUCAUGAUAACUGUCAGCAUUAUUUAAUAUUAGGCUUGAUAAUGCUUGCACAAAGUGAACAUCAUUGUUAACAAUCGUUUUAUUAAUAAAAUUUGAUUUUUUUUUAUUUUUGAAACCAAUAUUUAAACAAAUUUAUAGAAUAUGAGUAUGUAGACUUUAGACGCAUUUCUACGAGGUUAACAUGCAACAAAAUAUUUGGUACAUCUCUAUCAUUUCUCGCCGCUGCGCAAGCUACUCUCGAGUCGAAUCUCCGACCACUAUUCGCUUACAAUUAGAUGAAAGUUUCGGGCCGAUCUCUGAGGCCUGGACCACCGAGUUUUACCGAGUGUGUUAGUUCAAACGCUAGAUACAAUUUCAUAGAAUAGUUCAAUGUGGCCUUCCUUAAGUGUGUGUCCCGUAUAAUGCGUGCGUGUGUGUCGGUAACCCAUCGAAUCUGCAAAUGGGAAAGCCCUGACGACACACUUCAUAUGUGCGAUGCAAAGAUUAUUACAUUUAAUAGCCGAAAAAAAUUUUUGGACGGGCAUAGGUGUGUUAUUUGAUGUUGAUGUUGCGAAGCAAUCUUAACGAUGAAAAAAUAAUGCUGUCCACUGUACUGUAAUAAUAGCUUUAUUUAACAUUCGAGCUUCCAUCCGCGUAACCCACUUUUCUAUUAAAUGAUCAGUGGUCAAGUUGGAGUGUGAUGAUAGAUUAAUAAUCUAUAACUAGCGCGUAACAUUUAUUAUUGUGUUUAUGAAAAAUGAAACAAAAAAAUGGAGAAAUGAUGAACUAAACUCAAGCAAUAAUCAAUUAAAUGAUCGAUUGAUGUGGAAAGAAAAAGGAG